AUGGAGCAAUUGCUGUCACAUCUCCCGCCAUUGGUCCAGUCUAUUCUGGCCGAUGUGGACAUUGACUGCGAAUCACUCAAACUAGGUUCUAUUGCAGGAAUCGUGUCUUUGCUAGCGCUUUAUUUCGGAUAUCUCUACUUGCGCAGUCGCAGGGAAGCUCCGGUCAAAUUCAACGUCCCACUGCCGCCACAGCUGCGGUCGGAUUGGGAUGGGAAGAAAUGGGAGGAUGUGCAGGGAGAGGAAAAGGAAAUACUAGAAGGUCAAGUCAAAGGAAAGUGGAACUCGGAUCGCAUCGUGAGUUACUGCCCUGCUGAUGGACGGAUUCUGGGUUCUGGUAUACCCCUUGCAACGGCCGAGUCGGUCAAUCGUGAUAUCCAAACCGCGAAACGCGCACAGGUGGAAUGGGCGCAGACAACGUUUGUGCAACGGAGGAGGCUGCUUAAAACACUACUCAAGUAUGUCCUCAAACAUCAAGAUGACAUUGUGACCGCGUGCUGUUUGGAUUCUGGAAAAACAAAAGUCGAUGCAUCCUUGGGCGAGAUCCUGGUCACUGCGGAAAAACUCAAGUGGACGAUCGACCACGGCGAGAAGGCACUUACAGCCGAAUCACGGCCUACAAAUUUCCUCAUGAUGUACAAAAAGAAUACGGUUCGCUACGAGCCGCUCGGUGUCGUCUCCGCUUGCGUUUCGUGGAACUACCCAUUCCAUAAUCUGAUCUCGCCAGUCAUCAGCGCUUUGUUCGCGGGUAAUUCGAUUGUUGUGAAACCUUCUGAACAAACUGCUUGGAGCUCAACAUUCUUUAUUGACAUCAUUCGCCGAGCCCUGACGAGCUGCGGCCAUUCGCCUGACCUAGUCCAGCUUGUGAUUUGCCUCCCCCAAGUGGCAGAUGUCCUCACCUCUCAUCCAGACAUUUCACAAUUGACCUUUAUUGGUUCUAGACCUGUGGCCCACAAGGUCUGCGAAUCUGCAGCAAAAUCGCUUAUUCCCGUCACAGUCGAACUCGGUGGGAAGGAUCCGUUUGUGAUUCUGGACGAUACAACCACCAUCAAAAACCUCAGUUCCGUCGCAUCCAUCCUCAUGCGCGGAGUAUUCCAAUCCGCGGGUCAAAACUGCGUAGGGGCAGAGCGUGUGAUUGCACUUCCGGGCACAUACGACAAGAUCAUUGAUAUUGUCACGCCGCGUGUUAAGGAGCUCAAACUGGGCUCUAUCCUUCUCGAUUCCAAGUUCAAUUUCACCCCCGAUGUCGGGGCCAUGAUUUCCCCCGGCGGAUUCACUCGUCUUGAAUCCCUCAUUGUGGACGCAGUCAAACAGGGCGCGCGACUUAUCCACGGUGGUAAACAGUACAACCACCCCAAAUAUCCUAACGGACACUACUUCGCACCCACACUUCUGGUCGACGUGACACCAUCCAUGCGUAUCGCUCAAGAGGAACUAUUCGCACCGGUUAUGAUCAUUAUGCGUGCAACGUCUGUUUCCGACGCGAUUUCAAUCGCAAAUUCCAGCCAAUAUGCGCUCGGCGCCAGCGUCUUCGGCUACAAUAGCAGGGAUGUAGAGGCGUGCGUUUCCGGUAUCAAGGCGGGUAUGGUUGCUGUCAACGAUUUUGGCGCGUACUAUGCAGUGCAGCUCCCCUUUGGCGGUGUCAAGGGAUCUGGAUACGGCCGUUUUGCGGGCGAGGAGGGAUUGAGGGGCGUGAGCAAUCUGAAAGCUGUCUGCGUCGAUCGUUUCCCUGGACUUCUCAACACGCAGAUCCCGCCGAGAAUCGACUAUCCGAUAUACAAGGGCGAGGAUCGAAAGAGAAAUGGGGAUGGGGCGUGGGAACUGUGCAAGGGCGUGGUGGAGACGGGGUAUGAGCUGACGAUUGCUGGGAGGGUAAGAGGGAUACUCCGGAUACUGAGUAAUUCGUAA